CAUUUGUCUCUGCACAGAGGAGUCCUCGGCUUCUCUGCGCUGAUACAGCAGCGGACAGUUUGUAUGUAUUUUCUCUCUCUGUCGUCUCAGAGCAUUUUCUCUCCGCAGCAGCUUUUUGUCGACAUAAUGUCAGAUUUCGAGGAGUUUGAGAAACAACUGAGCGAGAACCGACAAGAGAGGGAGAGGGAGCGGCACAGGAAGCGGAGUUGCAGCGGGUCUGCAGGCCGCGGCGACAAGCAUCGCAGCUGGAGCAAAGACCGAGGGAGCCGCAGCCGGGAGAAGAGGAGCCGCAGUCGGGACCGGAAGAGCCGGGACCGCCGCAGCUCCUCCAGGGAGCACAAGAAGCACAGCCGCUCACCAAGGAGAACGAGAAAGAAAAAGAUGUGUAAAUACUGGGAUGUUCCUCCUCCGGGCUUUGAGCACAUCACACCGAUGCAAUACAAAGCUAUGCAAGCGGCGGGUCAGAUCCCGACCAUAGCUCUGCUGGCUACCGCCGCCACCACUGGAGUGGCUGCCGCGCCCGCGCAAGUUCCCAUCGUCGGCAGUCAGAUGACAAGACAAGCCAGGCGGCUGUACGUCGGGAACAUCCCGUUUGGCGUAACGGAGGAGUCGAUGGCAGAGUUCUUCAACGCUCAGAUGCAUCUGGCAGGCCUCUCACAGGCGCCCAGCAACCCGGUUCUGGCCGUCCAGAUCAAUCAGGACAAAAACUUUGCUUUCCUGGAGUUCCGGUCGGUGGACGAGACGACGCAGGCCAUGGCCUUUGACGGGAUCAUCUUCCAGGGUCAGUCGCUGAAGAUCCGACGGCCUCAUGACUAUCGGCCGUUACCUGGAAUCUCGGAGCAGCCGGCCUUCCAUGUCCCAGGCGUCGUCUCCACAGUCGUUCCUGACUCGCCUCAUAAACUUUUCAUCGGAGGCCUUCCUAAUUACCUUAACGACGACCAGGUGAAGGAGCUGCUGACGUCGUUCGGGCCGCUCAAAGCCUUCAACCUGGUGAAGGACAGCGCCACAUCGCUGUCCAAAGGUUACGCCUUCUGCGAAUACGUCGACAUCAGCGCCACCGACCAGGCGGUCGCCGGACUCAACGGGAUGCAGCUGGGCGACAAAAAGCUCAUCGUCCAGAGGGCCAGCGUGGGCGCCAAAAACGCUAAUCCUACCUCCAUCAUCGAGACGCCGGUGACGCUGCAGGUGCCGGGGCUGCAGCGGCUGCAGAACUCCAGCCUGCCCACUGAGGUGCUGUGCCUCCUUAACAUGGUGAUGCCAGAGGAGCUGGUGGACGACGACGACUACGAGGAGAUCCUGGAGGACAUCCGCGAGGAGUGCUGCAAGUACGGCAACGUCCGCUCCAUCGAGAUCCCCCGGCCCGUCGACGGCGUGGAAGUCCCCGGCUGUGGAAAGAUCUUUGUAGAGUACGUUUCUCCUGCAGACUGUCAGAAAGCCAUGCAGGCCCUGACCGGCCGUAAGUUUGCUAACCGAGUGGUGGUGACCAAAUACUACGACCCGGACAUGUACCACCGACACGAGUUCUGAUCCACCGACCGACACGAGUUCUGAUCCACCAGACCGCUGGUCGGCCCGCUUCCUGUUCCUCCUCUGGAGGGAAGCUGGAAAACCGUCACUGUGUCAUCGUCCUCUAAACCCGGAGCGCCACAGAGUCCAGAACCUCAGAUUAAUUCAUCCAGAUUAAACACAGCCUGGCGUUUCCAUGGAAUCUGGAUCAAUCUGGGAUUACAGUCAGGAAAGUUUUAGGUCUGGAAAACAAAAUCAGAAAAACUUUGGAAAUUAUAUUUUUCAGUACAUUUUCCAUUCUGUCUUUCCUUCAUUGUGUCCAUUAUUUCUCAUUUCCUUACUCACAUCCUUCAUUCCUUCACAAUUUUCUUCCUUCCUUCCUUUUUUCCAUCUGUCCAUCCUGACCAUUCUAGAAAUAUCUACCAUGAAAAAAUGGUGAACUUUUGUAUUUAUAUUGUAAAUCUGGAUAAAAAUGAGAAUUCUGGGAAUUUGAUCCUGGAAAAGUCCUGCUGCUGCUGCUGCUGACGAUGAUGAUGAUGGUGAUGAUGAUGAUCAUGAUGAUGGUGAUGAAGAAGAAAUCCUGAGUCGUGUUUGCGGAGCAGCGAGACAGAGAGGCGUAUUCAAUCCAAACUCAAACUGCCUGAGCGUCGCUGAGGAAGAACAAACUUUUCUUCGGUCCAGAUUUUCCUCCAGAGCACAAACAUUUAUUUAUUUAUUCUACAUUUAAAAACCCAUCAUGAAAUGUUGCUGCAGAGAAAUAUUUAUUGAAUUUAUACACUAAAUAUAUCCUGCUUUUUGCCCUAUAUAUUAUUAUUCCUUUGAACCUCUACUGUGCAGGUUUGCUGCUAAAGUAAAUUAUGUAAAUAUGAAACAUUAAUUUGGAAAUAAAAGCACAAACGUCAAGCUGCUCCAGUUACCCAAAUGGAAACUUGACCGUUUGCUAAACCUUUUUUUAUUUAAAAUCUAUAAAAAUAAAUGUUUAAGUUAGGGUUCUUACCCUCAUGAAGUAAUAUAUUUACAUGUAUUUAAUUAUAUUUUAUUAUUUUAUAAGCCACAUCUGACCUUUAGUGGAUCCACAGACCGUGUAUUUUUAGCUGCCACCAGUAGGGGGCACUAGAGCACACAAAGAGCGAAGGCUUAUCAAAUGGUCAAUUUUAAAAGUGUAUUGAACAAUUUUUCCUAAAUUUUUAAACAGUAAAGCACUUUAAAAACAGUUAAACACAUGUUUAGAGUAGCACCUUUCUAGAUUUGUAGAAGAUGCACCGAAUAAUUCACAGGUUACUGUUUUAUUGCUGUUGCAUCUUGAAAUGAUUUUAGUAUAUUUAAAAUAUUCUGCUUUGAAAUAAAAGACACCUGAGCAAACAUUGUCUUGGAUAAACAGAAUAAUUUCUGUUUCUGUGUAGAUGUGUGUUUUAUUGUGUGAAUCAAACAUAUCAGCUGGUUUGAAGCAGCUACUGUGUGUUUUAUACGCGACUCGGAAGGCCAAAAAUGUAAAGGAAAAGGAAAGUUUUUAGUUUCUUUAACCUCCUGCCACUGCCAUUGCCUCGAAUAAACGCUUGUCUCCCUGUA